AUGUGGUGGCUAGAGAUACAUCCGAAAUUAGCCUCCAUCCCUCUAGGGUUCGGCGCCGACUUCCUAGGCCGUGGUACCCUAGCGGUCGACCCUGUGGAUAACGACGCAAUUUCGAUCGCAAAAGCAACCAUUGACACAGUAGCCGCUUUUGCGAAUGAACUUCUUUGGGGUCUAGAAAAUGACGACCUGAUAUCGGUGUCUGCUGCAAUGACGAUCACCUGGUCGAAAAUGAGGAAGCCGGUAAAUUCGCCUCACCUCGGUCUGGGGAUGAGUGUGACGGUCAGUUUAAGAGCCAUGAUGCAGGAGACGGUCGAGUCUACGAGUAAUGUUUUGACUAUCUGUCCGGGAUCGUUGCCGAAGACGGACCCAGAGGAAGAUUAUAAGCCCAUCUGGGGUAGUCACAUUGACCAAUAUGACACUGGCAGUUUGACCGGGAUCGAGGGCGACGGUGUUCUGGAGGAUGUGUUGACCGCCUACAACGAGGAUGCCUACCUAUGGGAUAAAUGCUUCGAUCUGGCGAACGCGGUGAAGAAUGCUGGCAAGUGUUAUCGAAGGACUCCCGAUAUUGCUCCUUGGUAA